AGUUACAGCCUGAAAAUAUUCCUGAUACUGAGGGGCAGCAGCAUUCCGAACUGCCAGAAUUCACAUCUGAUUCCUCUGAGCCUGAAUCUCAAUUCUUUCAAUUGGUGUUGGCCAUGGACGAGGCAACAGAAUCUACAUCUUCUCCUCCUCACUCACCUCUGGAAACUCUUGGAAGUUUGAUUGCUCAUAAUAAAAUUGAGUUACCACGUAGUUUAGUCAGAUCAGUGGAAACUGUUGCACAGCCCCACUAUAGUGGACAUCAGGUAGUGGAACAUCAGGAAGUGGAACAUCAGGAGGUCACACAGCAGGAAGUCACACAGCAGGAAGUUGCGCAGCAGGAAGUCACGCAGCAAGAGGUAGAACAACAGGCUGCUCCAUCAACUAGAACCACAGAGGAGGAAUUUCUAGAUGAGCCCAUGCCUGUGGUGUAUCAAGAUCCCUUUGAGGUUUCUCUUCAUUACAUGGAGAAACAUAACAUUCUGCAGAUAUUUCAGGAGAUCACUGAAAACCUGGUGUAUGAGAAGCCUGAAAACCCACUUGAGUUUAUGUUGAAACAGGUUCAGAAUAUGAUAGAAGCUAGGAAACAGGUUGAAGCAGAGGAAGAAGCAAUGCCAAAGGAGAUGACAGACCACUGAAAGCUCAAGGAAACCUUGGACACUCAUUGCUGCAGCACAUCCAAGCACUGCCCUCAUUUGUGCUCUAUCUAUGCAAACUAUAGAUGUGUACAGUGUUAGCGAUAACUGAUUUCCUGCACUCUGGGUGGUGUGUUGAAUUGUCUAGGAGGAUAGAAAACACAUAAUUAUAUUGGAGCACAGAUAGUCACAUGCAUUUCAGGAAGCUCAUAGCCACUGAGGCUCUGCAGUAUCCAUAUGUUAUCCAUCUAGUACUAUGGCAGUAACCCUAAAAUGGCUUCUUGCCUAUGGGCUGUAAUAGCUGCUCUUCACAUCUAGAAUAACUGGGUAGUGCCAUUCUUAAUGGACAGACCAAAUUCAGAGUACAAUUGUGAUUUCAUGAAGUGAAUGAUUCCACACAGAACAGUCAUCCCUCCUUGCAUAUAAAAAGCCUAGAUUUCAGGAAAAAGUACUCUAGAACGUUGUAUGUGAGCAUGGUUGUUAUUUUACAUGGAGGAGCAUUCAAAUGUGUUACCUAUCAUUUGCAGACUGAAAUAGAAUGCCCCAGCAACUGACUGGCUUUUUAUGAAUAUUUUAUGAACGACAAAUUGACUCACUUGCAUGUGUUGCUAAAUGGUCUGGGGAUCAAUAUGCAAAUCUCCAAACAGAGAAGUAAUAUAGCUUCCUAACAUUUACCUUGAUCCAAAUGUCAGUCAAGUAAAAGUACCUGGAUUUUUAGUUAUUUGGUUAUAUUUAUGUUAAUUAGCUAAAUCUAACAUCAGUUCUACCUGGGCAGACCAACUGAAACGCAUGGGGCUUUUCAGUCACUAAAUCAAAUACUGUAUUGGUCUUACCUAGGUAGCCCCUCUGAAAUCAAUGAAAUCUGGGCCAGGUUAGCUGUAACAAAAAGCCCCGUUCAUUUCAGUGGAUGUACUCCACAAAAGAAACAGUGGCACAAGAUUGGAUUUAGACCAGUGGCACUAUACUGACUUAAAAUGGCAGGCUCAUAGUUUAAGUGGGCUAGGAAUUGUACGGUAUGUGGUCACUUAGCAAUACUUGUAACAUGAAGCCUUAAGUUAAAAUGGAUUUCGAUUAACUUUCAGUUAAAGUCUAAGAGCUAGAGUAUUUAAAUAUCUGCUUCUUGGCAGAACCAUUUUCUGAUUCAAUUUUUGAAUCUUCAAAUUAAGCUACAUAUAUAAAACUCACUUUAAUGUUAGCAGCCCCAAAAUAAAAAUCUGCCUCAACCCUAGAGGCAACUUGUAGACACCGAGGAGCAUUCUUUGGCACAAGUUGCUGAAAAAAGUGGAACUUACAACAGAUAGUUACUUGCAGUUGUGAGUAUGGAUUGAUCAGCCUAAUUUGGAAUAUAUUUCCCCCGAUUUGAAGAUGUGGAGACAGAAGAUGAGGACUAUUUAUUUAUUUAUUUAUUUAUUUUCUAUAAUUUGACUCGGAAUGAGAAAUAUGUUUCUGGACAUCAGGAAACCAGUUUUGUUUAAGUAGUUGUUUAUGAUUUCUAGACCUGAGGUACAAUUCUGAAGUUCAUUAAGAACAGCCAGAAUGCUACUGAUAAAAGUUUUUUAAUAGAGGCAGGAAACUACUUAGGGGCUGGACUGACCCUGAGAUUGGCUGGCUGGAUGAUGUCAGGCAGUGGGCUGUCACCAGUUUAAGCAUCACACUCUCUUCUGACAUCAUUUGUGUCCACCCGCUUCCCAGGAUCUAUUUCUAAUCUCUCAGUGUAGAGCAGGGCACAGCAUUUGUGCGCCUCCCUCAAAAAACCCUUAUGUGUUCCUCUCACAGUCCUGUUGGAUAGUAAAAUACACACAAAGGGAAUCUUGAUAUUUCACUGAUCGGAAAUAACAAGGAUUCAUUCUGCCCCACUCAUCUUCCUAAUUUGAAUUCCCAUGUUAGCUCCAAUUGAAGUCCCAUGGAAUUCAGUUAAAUUCCAGGUAAUUCAGUUUAUUCCUUCUGCUCAUGGUCUAGAGAAUUUUUUUAAUUGGUGGUUUUAAAAAGGGGGUGGGUUCCCAUGUCUCCAAAAAGAUAAAAAUACAUGGUGGUUUGGUUUUUUAAAAAAUAAAAUAAAUGGGAAUUAAGAAUAGUUCCGAUAUCAUAAGCAGUGCUCAGCUGUUGUUGUUUUUUACAGCUACUGAUCAUGUGCCUAUAAAGGUGCUGAUUCUACUGAAUAAAUUAAUUUUGCUACAGUAUUUCUGCUCUGUUUUAUUACGCAAAUAUGAAAAUCUGCAUGGGGCCAGUAGGCUUUUAUUUCAGUUUUGCAACAUCAGGCACUUCUUGUUUUGUAGGAUUCCUAUAUUCAAAACUUCACAUUCUACUUAUGGCUAAUGAUAAGCUCAAACCUGGAAAAUAUUGAUGCACCUUUAAAUCCCAGUUGCAAUGAGAAAUACAGGAGUGAUAGGUUUUCUUGCCCCUUGCAUCCAUACCCCCCACUGUGCAGCAGAAGUGGGUUCUUACCCACUACAAAUUUUUUGAGGGUAAAUGGACAG